AAAUAUCAAUGGGGGAUGUCCCAAGGAUCCCGCCUAGCAGGCCGACCCUACCUACUACCCUGCUCCUGUCCCCUCCCUCCCUUCCUCUGCACUUCUCUUCUCCCCCGUAGGCCUACCCUACCUAUUCUUGUCCUCCUGUCCCCUCCCUUCCACUCCUCUCCAGUUUCAUCUCAAAUCCAAUUUGCCAUUGUAGCCUACAUGCCCAAUCGCCCAGGACUGCGCGCAUUUAACAGUUUUAUGUAAUCGUUAGUAGAAUGCGGUGCAAGUCUGACGCAUUGAUCAUUGUGCCAUUUAUCAUUGCUGCGAUCAUUCCAGGACAGACCUGCCUCAAGAUUUAUGCUACAUUUUACAUUUAAAUUCGAGUCAUUUAGCAGAUGCUCUUAUCCAGAGUGAUUUACAGAAGUGAGUACAUACAUUUUCGCACUUUUUAAAAAAUAUAUUUUUUUCUUUAUUCUCAAAGCAUUAACAAAAAUAGGCCUAUGUUUUACUGAAACACCACGUUUGGGUAACCGGAAUAAAGCAACAAUAUAUUCAACUGUUUCUCUUGACGUUUGUUUGCUGUGAGUCAUUCAAAUGGACAAUAAACAUUCACAAGCGAAGGCAGAGACGGCACAGGAGACCCGUCCGCCCGCUAAAGACUCACCUUUCUCUAUCAAGAACCUGCUCAACUUCGACAGUAAACCUUCCAAGCCGAAGACGCUGCUUGCCACCACCAAAGGACUAUUGGAAGGAGGUUUCUCUCUCUCCCGGAUCGGUGAUUUAACUUUUCCUAGUUUUGACAUCCCAGCCCAGAGAUUUGGAUUAUCGGCGCACUAUUUGGAACGACCGUCGGCGUGGUGGUAUCCCUACGCGCUUGGCACAUCGGGACACCAUCUCUACAGGACCGGAGGGUUUGAGAAGGCCGUCGUGAGAGACACAUCAUCAACAGGCGGGGACCGAGACACACCGGAGCUGCUGCGAAAAUCACCCGACCAAGACGACCAAGAUGACGACAAAAACAAAAGUACUGAUGAUGUCGUUCUGGAGGAGAGUGAUGGGGAUGAACCAAAGAAGGAAGUAGAGUUGGUGGAUGACUGGAGGAAAAUUAAAGACGAGAACACGGAUAAAAAAACGUGUCGGAAAAAGAAAACGCGGACAGUCUUUUCAAGGAGUCAGGUAUUUCGGUUGGAGUCAACGUUCGAUAUGAAACGGUACCUCAGUAGCUCGGAACGGGCAGGCCUGGCGGCAUCCCUACACCUCACAGAGACCCAGGUGAAAAUCUGGUUCCAGAACAGAAGGAACAAGUGGAAACGACAGUUGGCCGCGGAACUCGAAGCGGCCAAUCUGAGCCACGCCGCGGCCCAGAGGAUAGUCCGCGUUCCCAUAUUGUACCACGAGAACAGCGGCUCAGAAACUGGCAGCGCUGGGAACGUGUCAGUCAGUCAGUCCCUACUAACAUUCCCUCAUCAAAUGUACUAUUCACAUCCACUAGUCACAUCCGUGCCGCUGCUGAGACCAGUUUGAGAGACUCAUUUAUUGUGUUGAUAUUUCUGUAUUGUAAUUUAUGUAUUACAAACAUUAUUAGGCCUAUUUUUAUUUAUUUUUAAUCUAUGAUAAUAGUUGGUGUUGGUUAAAAGGCUUUGUAUAUUGUACAGGUCUAUUAUGACAAAUGUUGUAUUUAUUAUAAUUAUUAUUAUAAUUAUUUGUAUUCCCGUGUCCAAAACUGAAAUAUUUCCUCCUAAUCAAAUAAUUUCAUAUUAAAUUGUUGUGCGUCCAAAGUAAUCUGAACAUUUGGUAUUGAUAUUGCUUUGAUUUAACUGAUCGGUUUAAUAUAUAUGUUUUUAAACAGGGUGGAAACGUAUAGGUCUGUGUCUCCAUGUAGCCUACGACAUUUGACAAUGAAUUACAUCGAUGUUUUGUGUGCGAUUAAAACAAAUCCUAAGUAAAGUUAAUAUUUCAUCAUGUAUAGCCGUUUAUGUGUAAUAGUUCUGUAGUUCUACUGUUCGCUUCACGUACACGGUAUAAUGGCUCACAGCUGAAAAAUAACUACUACUUUGACCUAUAUCGUUUUAUAGCGCAAGACAGUGAGGACAAAUCAUACGUUCUUAAGUAUGGAAACAUAGGCUAUAGGUCUCACAAUGUUAUCGCAGACUUGUAAUUAAAAAAAAAUCCGUCAUAAGAGUUUCACCAAAUGGCCAAAACAUGGAGAUUUUUUAUUUGUUACAUUGCUGAAUAAAUCGUGAAAUACG